CAUUAUCACCCAAUCCUCGCAGCAGCCGACUUCCCUCAAAGUCCCGGCUCGUGAUCCGAUUGGUCAAAACUUUUGAUAAAAUGAAUGUCGCGUGCUGUUGGGCUUCAAAGUGAGAGUAAUUUGACAAAGAGUUAUCUUGAUAUAUUUCUGCUGCACGUACUUUCGGAAAAUGGAGAAUUCAACAACUAAUGACGUCAGUGGGGUGACCAAUGCUCCCAAUGCUGUAGCAGAUGACAUCAUGGAGGUGGCCAAGAAGAUGCACUGGGUGACCAGUUCAAUCUUCGGUACUAUUUUCGUCAUUGUUGGAAUCGUCGGGAACAUCCUCUCUGUCCUGAUAUGGAGCCGAAAGUCGAUGAGGACAUCCACCGGGGUCUAUCUGAUUGCACAGGCGCUGUCCGACAUGGGGCUUCUGUUCUUCUUCUUCAUCACGGACUCCCUGACGAUGCUAGUGCCCUCUGUCAAGACCAGCUACGCGUUCGGUGUGUUUUUCUCGUACAUCGGCUACCCCAUCUUCUUCCUGUUCGUAGUUUACAGUAUCUGGAUGACCGUCGGGGUCACUGUGGAUCGCUACAUACAAGUUUGCUGGUUCACGAAAGCGAAGGAGAUGUGCAGCAACAAGAGGGCCGUUGUCGGGAUCGGUAUCAUUGCGUUCCUGUGUUUCCUCAUCAACACCCCCCACUUCAAGACCUACUACCCCAUCCCGGCCUCAGACCGAGAACCGGACGACGCCGCUUUCGAUCUUACCGAGUUUGGGAUGACCGAAGGCAGCAAGCGCUAUGAAUUCUGGGUACACUGUAUGUUUCUAGUCCUGGUUCCAUGGCUGACCAUCUUUAUCCUGAACAUGUUGAUCAUUUCCCGCGUUGUCAGGGCCAACAGGGGCAUGUCCAAACGGAAGAGCAUCCAAGGGCAGGAGAAAGCGAAGAAGGCGGAGAACCAGAUGACGCGCCUCCUCCUGACCGUCACCUUCGUCUUCCUGAUCCUGAUUGCUCUACAGUGCGUCACCCAAUGCUUCUUCAUGAUGCAACCGGAGAUCGCUGACAUGCGCAUUGUCAACGAAGCUUUUUCCGUGGCUAAGCUUGGUAUCGUCAUCAACUCCUCUAUCAACUUCUUCCUGUACUGUCUGAGCGCGCGGAAGUUCCGCAAAGAAUUAUUCAAGGUGCUUGGGCUCCGGCGCGGCGACAGAGAGGAGUCGUUCUCAAGCUCCACGGCAUCCACAACGCUGUCUACCGCCAAAUUCAAAAUGUCAUUUAAGGCGUAACCAGGGAAACAUGACGUCACGGUGCCGUACACUAGGUGCAGACGAUGUUUUAACACGUACUUCUACAGUAACUCUUUACGUUACACCCUUUAACCGCGGAAGUUUUUUUUUUUAAUUUCCUACGACGAAUGGGAAAUGUGAUUUGUUUUGUCCAUGAUAGUUAAUACUUUCACUGAAAGUAAACUAAGAAACAUUAUAAAAACGUUCUGUAUGGAGCUAAGUACAUGUACUUUCUUUCAUGAUUAUCUUCUUAUGACUUUCGAAAUCAGAUAGAUGAUUGCUGGUUGAAUUGAUUAUGAAUUUAUCAGUGUGAAUAUAAAAAAUAGGGUCCAGUUCCAUGUUGCAUUAUGAGUUUUUUUCAAGUGUUUCAGAACACUGUACUUUAUAAACUAUGUGUAUGCAGUGAAAUUGUUCAUCUUGACAUUAUUGAUGUUCUAAUUAAAGGUUGUGUUUUUAAAACUAGGUCUUUAUUAGGGUCUUCCGUUUUCAACGGAAGACCCUCUUGUUAUUCUUCGGUUUCUUUUUAUUAUUAAGGUCUUCCGUUUCCAACGGAAGACCAUAUUGUUAUUCUUCGGAUUUUUCUUCUUCUUCUUUUUUUUCUUACCACUUUCUGUGCACGAAAUGUCUCAGAAAUGGCUUGACCGAUUUGCACGAAAUUUUCAGAUCUUACCAACUAUGUUCUGAACCUUAUCGGAAAUAAUUUUGGUUGAUGACGUCAUUUCCGUUCUUGAGAUAUUGGCAUUUUAAGGAUUUUUAGGGGGUUGGUUUGUCCAACGGUGUUCUCAUAAACUACAAAUGAUAUUGAUUUCAAAAUUUUAUCAGGGAUGAUAGACAAAAGAUUGUUUAUUUGAACAAAACCAUUCCUAUUUGUCUAGCACAAAAACGUCGGAGCUCGGUAGGGAUUGUAAUUUGAGAUAUGAAAAGUGUCGUGAAUUUUCGUGUUUUUCUUUGUUUGUCUCUUUUCUGGAAAAUAUUUUGUUAUAAUAUGCAUUCUAAAAAGGUUUGAAUUUACAAGACCUUUCAGCUGAUUUCAAGAAAAAGGGGCUGGCCCCUUAAAUUAGGGACUUAGAGGGGUCUAAAGUCUUUAAUCUACAGCUCCUCACCAAGGGAUAUUCUGUAAUAAAUCAUAGAAGCAAAUAUGUUACUUACAGUUAUGAAGCCCAACAAUAUAACGAUUUUAUCAUGUGUUACGUAAUUAGGGGUUUUUAGGGGUCAAAAGUCCAAAACUUUGAUCCCUUAUAUCUCAAAAAGGAGAACUAUUUUGAAAUGCAGUAUAUAUAGAAAAAGAAAUGCUUAUAAUGAUGUACCUAAAGAAUUGCAAGUUUCAAAAUUUAGUUCAGCGGCCCCAAUAAGGAGAUAAGGGACCGACCCCUAAAACGUUUUUUCUCAGCUAUCGCAAAAUCGGUGACAAAUUUCUAAACACUUGUUGAACAAAAUGUCUUUAAAAUUAAAUGACUUUUCAUUUGAUACCAACAAAAAGGGACUCGCCCCUAAUAUUAGGGACCUAGAGGGCUCUUAAGACUUUUAUCUAUAGCUCUUUACUGAGGGAUAUUUUGUAAUAAAAUAUAGAAGCAAAUAUGUUUAACUUACAGUUAUGAAGUCCAGCACUAUAACGAUUUUCUCAUGUGUUACGUAAUAAGGGGUUUUUAGAGGUCAAAAGUAUAUUGAGAUAUAUCACCUAUAUCUCAAAAGGGAAAAAUAUUUUGAAAUGCAGUUCAGAAGAAAAGAAAUAAUAAAAUAAUAACAAAAUAAUGUACUUAACAACACGCAACCUACAAAAUUUGGUUCAGCGGCCCCAAUAAGGAGAUAAGGGCCGGACCGGUCCCUAAAACGGCUUCAUAACUCAAAAAGUUUGUAACCGAUUUUUAUGAAACUUUAAGAGAUAAUGUGCAAUUAUAAUGCAUCGAAGAUGUAAAAGUUUCUAUAGCAACGUCACUUCUGUUUUUAUGUAACUUCAUUUUUAAAAUUUUCAAAAAGUCAUUUUGUCCGCGGCUUUUUUCAAAAACGCUUCAAGAUAGAAAGUUGAAUUUUUCGUGCUUACGUGUUAAUCAUUUUUCCUUUGUAAUAAGGCCGGAAAUGAAAAUCCGUCACUUCCGGUCGAAACCGGAAGUGAUUCAAAUUUUUCGAAAAAAUUAAAUUUUUUGAUCAAAUAAAAAACGUCUAUAUAUUUUGUAGAGCUUGAUAAGCUGAACCUAUCAACGAAAACCGUUUGAAAAUCGGACGAUGCAUUACAGAGUUAUUGGGGUUUAAAAAUUGAUUUUCCCGGAAAUUUUGAUUCCGCAUCCUUGGUUUAAAAAAUAGCCUAAUGUUAAAAGUAAAAUUAACUCGUACAAAAAAAUAAUUGUUAAGUCGUACUUGAACACAUUCGGAUUUUUUUUUUUGGUAAGUCGUUCUUGAAAUCGGAAAGGUUUUUGUUAAGUCGUACAUAAAAUCAUUCGUAUUUUGUUAAGUCGUACCAGGAAUAAUUCGAUUUUUUUUUAUCUUUUUAUUUUAGUUAUUCUUGUUAUUGGUUUAAGAGCUCUGCUUCUUACAGGAACUUCCAGCUUUACUUCCGACAUUAACAGAAAACCCACUCGUUGCUCUGCAACGAGCUUUGCUCUAGUGUUUUUAUUACUUUUUUAUUGAUAUGUUCGUUUGAUUAUUGACUUUUCUUGUAUGAGUGUGUUCGAGUCUGAUAUUCGUACAGUGUAUUCGAAUCUGAUUUCUAACGGUAAAAUAUUGUCAUCAAGACGACAAACAAUGAUUUGUGACGUAUUGAUCAUUAGCAUGACUGGCUGGAUAUAGACAAUUAUGAAUUAAUUAUUAUUGAGUGAUGUUAAAAGUAUAAAUACGAGAGAGAGAGAGAAAGAGAGAGAGAGAGAGAGAGAGAGAGAGAGAGGCGUCUGUUGUUUGUUGUGUGUGUGUUGGUGUUCAGUGACUUGAACAGAACUUGAUAUCAAUUGAUCAACCAUUUGAUUUGGCAACAUUUUGAGUUUUCAAUGACAUUGAUAUAGAUCUUAUUAGAAGAUAUUCAGAAUGGCAACUCACUCUGUAUAACUUAAGUGGGGAUAACUUAUGAUAUCUUAAGUGUUAAGUGCUUAAAUAAAUUCACGCAUGCUGUACACAUCAAUAUA